AUGGAGAAAACCGACAACGUCGCGGAUGCGACAGCUGCAGAUCGGCCAGACAAGAACUCUAACCAGUCAGAUCAAAAGCCAAUGUCUGGGUUCGCUGCAUUUCUGCGCAUCUUUACCUACUGUCAACCCCUCGAUUGCGUCCUCGAAUUCAUCGCCGUCCUCGCCGCCGUCGGCUCUGGCGUGGCCAUGGCAAUGAUGAACCUUGUUAUAGGAGAGCUUAUGGAUGUCAUGGGCAAUCCAGCGCGCAUCGGCACAGAUCCUGACGGCUUCAUGGCCGAUGUUGGCAACAAAACACUCUACUUUGUUUACAUCGGUAUCGCUCGACUAGCAUGUACAUAUAUUUACUCCACGCUCUUUACAUUCGUUUCCUUCCGAGUCACAAACAACAUCCGACAAUCGUACCUGCGAGCAGCCCUUAGUCAAGAAAUCAGCUAUUUCGACCACGGAACCUCGGGGUCUAUCGCCAUGCAAGGCACAUCCAACGGAAAGCUGAUCCAAUCAGGCAUCGCAGACAAGCUUGGGCUCUUCUUUGUCUCGUUUACUACCUUUAUUGCGUCCUUCAUCAUUGCAUUUAUCAGUUAUUGGAAGCUCACCCUCAUCCUUAUCUGCAUCAUGCCGGCGAUUAUGCUGGUCAUUGGCACCAUGGCCACCAUCGAUGCUGGUAUCGACAGCAAGAACUUGAGACUACUCUCCCAAGCCGCUCAGUACGCCGAAACAGCCUUCGCGAGUAUCCGUACGAUCAAAGCGUUCAACCUGGAGCCGAGAAUUAUGCACAAGUAUGCAUCCGUCCUCGAUACUUCCCGACAGCUAUGCCGCAAGAAAUCUGGUGUAUAUGGGGUUAUGUUCGCCUGGCAAUAUUUCGUCAUCUAUGCUGGUAUGGGUCUUGCCUUCUGGCAGGGAAUCAGGAUGAUUGCCCGAGGGGAGGUGGAUGGUAUUGGCACCGUCUUCACUGUCCUUUUCUCCGUCGUCAUCGGAUCGACUUCAAUCAAUGGCAUCGCUCCAAACAUCUCCUCCUUUGUUCGUGCUGGCACCGGUGCUGCAGAGCUUUUCGCUUUGAUCGACAGGACCUCGGAUAUCAACCCGCUCGACGAGUCAGGCCAGACACCCACCAAGGUUUCUGGUGUCAUCGAUAUCAAAUCGGUUUCCUUCAGCUACCCAACGCGGCCGGAUACCAGGGUCCUCGAAGACCUUUCUCUCAACAUCCCGGCCGGAAAGAUUACAGCUUUAGUGGGUGCCAGUGGCUCGGGAAAAAGUACCAUCAUUGGCCUUCUGGAACGAUGGUAUGACCCCGCCUCUGGUGACAUCACGCUCGAUGGAAUCAGCCUACGAGAUCUAAGUGUCACCUGGCUUCGUACCGCCAUGCGACUUGUCCAACAGGAACCUGUGCUGUUCAACGGAACCGUCUUUGAGAACAUUGCCGAUGGCCUCAUUGGUACUUCCUGGGAGAGCCAGCCAAGACAAACCCAAGAGGAACAGGUGAAACACGCAGCCAAGCUUGCGUUCGCGGAUGAGUUCAUCCAAAACCUCCCAGAGCAAUACGAAACACGCAUCGGCGAAAGGGGAGGACUCCUCUCAGGAGGACAGAAGCAAAGAAUUGCUAUAGCUCGAAGUAUAGUUUCCGACCCUUCUAUCCUCUUGUUAGACGAAGCUACCUCAGCCCUUGAUUCACACUCUGAAGGCAUUGUCCAAAAGGCACUCAACAGUGCCUCUCGAAACAGAACCACGUUAGUCAUUGCACACAAACUUGUCACUAUCCGAGACGCCGAUAACAUCGUGGUCAUGUCCAAGGGGAGAAUUGUUGAGCAGGGCAAGCAUGAUGAUCUUAUAGCCCUCGGCGGCACCUACGCCAAGCUCGUGCAGGCCCAGGAUUUGUCUACUAGCAAACAGAGUUCAACUAUCGAGACAUCGGACGAGGAGUCUACAGCAACUACUGAGGCCAUAGAGCCAGUUCAAUCACUCGCCAAAUACACUUCAGCGGUCAACGAGGACAUUGCCUCUCAGAUUAUGAGGGAAGAUUUCAGUCUCUAUAAAUCCACUGGGCUUUUACAUACCAUUUGGAAGAUGAUCAAGUCAGCUCCUGAGCUCGGGACUUGCUUCGUGAUUAUGUCCAUUGCCUGUGCUAUUGGAGCUGCCGUCUACCCUGGACAAACACUACUACUUGCUCAAGUCAUGGACAUCUUCACAUCCUCUAACCUGACGAAGGGUGGCGAUUUUGUGUCUUUGAUGUACUUUAUCGUUGGCCUGGGGAGCUUGAUUGUGUUUUUCGUCAUUGGCUGGAUUUCUAACAUUAUUGCUCAGACUCUCAGCCAUAAUGUCAGAGUAGGGCUUUUCCGCAGUAUGCUGAGACAAGAUCUUCGGUUUUUUGACAGGCCAGAGAACACUAUUGGCGCCCUUGUCAGCCGCAUUGAUUCCCAGUCACAGGCUGUAUUGGAACUCAUGGGGUUCAACGUGGCGUUGGCCUUCCAAUGUAUCAUCAACAUCAUUGCCAGCAGCAUCCUCGCUCUCGCCUACGCGUGGAAGCUCGGCCUUGUUGGUGUUUUCGCUGGCAUGCCCCCUCUUUUGCUCGCCGGAUUUGCCCGCAUUCGACUUGAGACAAGGUUAAACGCUGGUAUAGAUGAGAGGUUCUCAGCCAGUGCUGCAAUAGCAUCUGAGAGUGUCAACGCUAUCCGUACUGUCUCAUCGCUUGCGAUUGAGAAGAGCAUUCUAAAUAAGUAUACGGUGGAGCUUGAUAGGGCAGUUUGGGGAUCAACAAGGCCUCUCUUUCACAUGAUGAUUUGGUUCUCUUUCACUCAGUCUGUUGAGUUCUUUAUCCUUGCGUUGGGAUUCUGGUUUGGGUCAAAGCUCGUCUCUCAAGGAGAAAUCAGCUUUCCCAAGUUCAUCAUAUCCUUCUUGGGUGUCUUCUUCUCCGGUCAGGCCGCUGGUACGAUCUUCAGUUUCUCAAGCAGUUUCACCAAGGCCAAUUCGGCCGCCAAUUACUACUUUUGGCUCACCAGUCUGCAGCCGAUCAUCCGAGACACUGACGAUAAUCAUGUGAAGGGCCCUGCCAACGGCGGGAGUUCAAUUGACUUCCAAAACGUUCAGUUCUCUUACCCCCUUGCUCCCGAAAAGCGAGUGAUCAAAGGCUUGUCUCUCACUGUUGAACGUGGUCAAUUUUUGGCCUUUGUUGGGGCAUCUGGCUGUGGAAAGAGUACUAUGGUAUCUCUUCUUGAGCGCUUCUACGACCCUACGAGUGGCACUAUCAUUAUCGAUGGCUCAGCUGCUCUCAGUGAUAUUAGCCCUCGUCUUUACCGUAAUAAAGUAGCACUCGUUCAACAAGAACCUACCCUGUUCUCUGAGACUAUUCGCGAGAACAUUGCCGCCGGACUCGAUAUCGGCCCUAGCGAACAGGCCCAUGUCAAGGAUGAUGCCUUGGAAGCAGCUUGCCGAGCCGCCAACGUGUGGGACUUCGUGAGCUCUCUUCCCGAAGGUCUGAACACCUUAUGUGGCCAAGGUGGUAGCCAGCUUUCAGGAGGACAGAGACAGAGAAUUACUAUCGCGCGCGCUCUCAUCCGUGACCCUAGUAUCAUCUUGCUAGACGAGGCGACUUCAGCACUUGACACCGAGUCGGAGAGGAUUGUGCAGAAGGCCUUGAUGGACGCUGUCGCCAGCAGAGAUCGCAUCACUAUAGCAAUUGCCCAUCGUUUAUCAACGAUUCGUGACGCCGACAAGAUCUGCGUGUUCUCUCAGGGUAGAAUCGUCGAAGCUGGGACGCAUGAUGAACUGGUCAGCCAGAAUGGUAUAUAUAAGCAGAUGUGUGAUGCACAGAGCUUGGAUAGGGCAACUUAG